CUGGGCUUUAGUCACCAACCUGAAUGUUUCCUUCCAAGGGAAGGAGACAUUCUACAAGGUCACAGACUUAUGUUCUCAAAGCUGGAGACUGAGCAGUAAGAGGCCUCGUUGGAAAGUUUGCAGUGUGCAGCCUCCACCCCUCAUCUUGCCUGUCGACCUUUAGGUCAUUGAAGGUCCCUGAUGGCGGGCAGCGUCUGGGCAGCCCUGGGACUCUCCUUAGCUUGCAUCUCGGCCCUUAGCCUCAUCUCUCCUGCCUGGUUCCAGUCCCACACCUUCUCCUUUGGCAUCCUUACCUACUGCUCCUGGCCUCGGGGUGACAGCUGGAACCAGAGCUGUGGGACCUUCAGGUCCCUGGAUGAUAUUCCUGACUUUGCCUGGAAGGUCUCAGCUGCAAUUCUCCUUGGAGGAUGGCUCUUGUUGGCCUUUAAUGCAGUUCUCCUCCUAUCUUGGGCCCUGGCCCCCAAAGGGCUGUGUCCCAGAAGGGGCAGUGGCCCAAUGCCAGGGGUGCAGGCAGUUGCAGCCACCUCUAUCACUGUGGGCCUGCUGGUUUUCCCCAUCAGCCUGGCCUCCCCAUUCGCCAAGGAAGCUUGUGGAGCCUCCUCUGUGUACCAUGGUGGGCAGUGCCAGUUGGGCUGGGGCUAUGUGACUGCCAUCCUCAGUGCAGUCCUAGCCAGCUUCCUGCCUAUGAUUGGAUGGCCCCGAAUGACCAAGGUCCAGGGAAAGAUCAUCCUCUUCUCGGGUGACACUGAGAAGAUCAUCCUCAUGCCAGAAAUGAGCAAAUAA